GAAAGAGCCUGCGCUAACUUUUCAAGAUACGCAGAGUGUGUGUAUUUGAAUUGAGUAGGGGAAAAAAUGUUGAUUCCUGAGAGUGUCCACAACGUGCUGCUCUCUACUAUACUCUACUGAGAUCUCUCCUUCUUCUUUCCUCUCCCACAGAGGUCUUUCAUGUUACCGAUGGAAAUGAAUCCCUGCCCUGUUGUUCAUCAAAGCUGGUAAGCUGGUACGUUCUGGGUUAAGAAGGAGUGCAAGUACAGUAUAGCAUGUCUAGUGUGUAGUUGUUUUAUUUAGUAGUAUAAUCAUCAUCAUCAUCCACGAUCCCACACUCGCAUCAGUACGCCGAGGACCGUGAUCGUGAAAACUUAAAUCGUGAUCGUGACCAUGGCUGCGAUAAAAGAAAAUUAUUAUACGGGUUUUCAUACAUUUGAAAAACUUUCGGACACCGUUGGUUUACCUGUUGAUCAGACAAAUUUUGUACUGAGUCAAUUUACUGCAUUAUUUUUUGCUGGAAUUUUACGAGUUUUCCUGAAACCAGGAAACGUCAGACCGGCAACUCGUCAUCUGUUUGGUCUUGUCAUCGGAUUACUGCUAGGAUAUUUUUGUUUUGGCAAACAAGCUGCUCAUUUAGCAGGACUUCCGGCGCUAUGUUUCAUUGCAAUGCGUACUCAAGACCCACGAUGCGUACAAAGAGUUGUCCUUACUCUGGCACUUGGUUACCUCUCGUGUGUGCAUUAUUACCGGCAAAUUUAUGCCUACGGUUCAUACACACUUGACAUUACUGGCCCGUUGAUGGUAAUAACGCAAAAAGUUAUUGGACUGGCGUACAAUAUUCACGAUGGGUUUACAAGACUAGAAAAAGAUUUAACGCCAUUGCAACGGCACCAAGCUGUUAAAAUAAUGCCAACAACUUUGGAAUACUUCAGUUAUAUAUUCCACUUUCAAGCAUUGAUGGCUGGUCCAGUAAUAUUUUACCGUGACUAUAUGGACUUUAUAAAUGGAACUCGUUUGAAAGGAGGAAAAUCAUUUUCUGGAUUUUAUGAUGAUUCAUCAAAAGAACUUGAAGAAAUAGUACUAGAGCCAUCGCCAACAAAAGCUGUUAUAAAAAAAAUAACGGCAAGCUUAACAUUCGCAGUAUUAUUCGUGUCAUUCAGCUCAUUGUUCCCGAUUCAGCGAGUUAAAGACCAAGACUUCCUUGAGAACACAACAAUUAUUUACAAAAUAUGGUACCUGAUGAUUUCAAUGUUAUUUGUACGCUGCAAGUAUUACUAUGCGUGGUUAUUCGCUGACGCGAUAUGCAACAACUCGGGUAUGGGUUACAAUGGGAUUGACGAUGAUGGUAACCACCGUUGGGAUUUAAUUUCAAAUGUACAUCCACUUAAAUUUGAGCUGUCUCUGUGCUUGAAAGACGCGAUUUCCGCGUGGAAUAUCGGGACCAACCGAUGGUUGAGAAUGAUCGUCUAUGACAGAAAUGGACCGUGCAAAGUUUUUGCUACCAAUGGUCUUUCUGCGCUGUGGCAUGGAUUUUAUCCUGGUUACUACCUCACUUUUGCUACUGGAGCACUUUUUACAUACGCCGCACGUUCCGUCCGCCGGCAUAUCCGGCCCUAUUUUAUUGGAAGCAAACCAAUGAAAUUUUUUUAUGAUGUGCUGACAUUUACUGCGUCUCGCAUAUCUAUGGCCUACCUCGCAUUUAGCUUCGUGCUGUUAGAAUUUAUACCAAGUGUUAGAGUUUAUAUGUCAAUGUACCUGAUUCCACAUUUGCUUGCCCUGGCAGCAAUUUACCUAUUGCCUUUACUUCCGUUACGACAAAGUCAAAACAACUUGAGUGAACCCUCGGGCAAUGGUCAUGUGAUAAAUUGCAUCACCAAUCACCAACCGGAAGUUCGUAAUGGAACAUCAAAAAAUAAGACCGAGUAGGAAACAUGAACCGUAACGCAGUGUUCUUUACCUAAAUUAUUAGUAUAUUUAUUGUCUAUAUAUAUAUAUAUAUAUAUAUAUACACACAUAUAUAUAUAUAUUUUUAUUUAAUAUUUUUAAUCCAGAUGACUAUUAAAUGUUGAUAGUUUACUUGCUGCAGAUAAAUUAUAAUAAUAUAUGUUAAGUUUAAAAAACAAACUGUUUUUUAAAAGUAACAAGUCAAUUUUAAAAGUUUAAAUUAACGAACAAUUAAAUAACAAUAAAUUUAAGUGACGUAAUGAAGA